ACCCAUAUCAACCUCUUGAUAACUCUUCAAAUUUCAACCAUGGCUAUUACACAUAACUUCUCUCCUAUCUCCAUUUUCGUCACGGUUCUUGUCUUCGCCAUGGUUCUCUCCCCCAUGACGAUUUCCACUGCCAAUGCUACACGUGCGCUUCUGCAACAAGUUAAUAGGCCACCGAUAUGCCCGGCCUGCGUGUGCUGUGAGCCAGCUCCGGCGGGAUCCUGUUGCCGGUGCUGCGCUACUCCGAUUCAGACUUCAUCUCAGAAUGGGUCGCCAUGAAAACUUGCUGCUGAGCUUGGGAGAAGCUUUAGGAAUAAGGAGACUCUCUCCAUGCAAACAAAAAUUUAGCUUUAUUUUAAUUUGGUUAAUGUCUAAUGAAGCAGUUUGAUAUUCUAAG